AUGGCCGGAGCGGGGCGCGGCCGCGACACAUGCGGCGAGCGGAAGUGGCUGGCCGAGCGGCGGCGGGCUUCGGCCAAGGCAGCCGCGGGAAGGGACGAGGAGAGUCGGGCGCGGCCGGGCGGAAGCAGACACGACCCGGUGGUGCGCCGGCGGCCAGGGCCAGCAGGCCGCGCGGGGGGGCGGAGGCGGAGGAAGGGCGAGCGCGGCAACGGCGCGGAGGCAGGCAAGGGCACGGCGACGUGGGCGUGCGCGCGCGGGCGGAGUAGUGCAGCAGCCACAGCAGUGGAAGUAGCACGCAGGGGGAGGCCACGGGUACGGCGAGCGCGUGCGCGCAGGUGCGACGGCGAGAGGCGGCACCGCGGUUUGGCGACGAGCUGCGACGCGGCGCAGAGCAGCAGCAGCAGUCUGCGGGAGCGGGGCGAGGCAGGGAGCCGUGCGUGCGCGAUGGCGCUGCGGGGGCAGGGGCUGUGCCGGGGGCGCGCGCGCGGUCGAGCGGGCUUGGUAGGGGCCGCGAUGGCCGUGAGCGGGAGCCCGGGCGGCCGCAACUGCGCUAGUAGCAGAGAUGGCGAGCAAGGCGGGGAGGAAAAGAGAGGCCGGGGGUUGGCCUCACCGUGGUGCGUAGGGAACGGGGCAGUGGUGCGUGAGGAGGAAGAUGGAGACGACCGGGCGACGGGGAGGCAUUCCGGCGGGGGAGCGGUCCGGUGGGGAGGCCUUCGGUGA